GUUUUUAUAGCACUGUAUGCAUUUAUCAAAGGCUUUGAUUAUUGUCGGCCAAUUGUGGUAGUUGAUGGAAGCCACUUAAAAACACCAUACAAUGGAACAUUUGUCUCGGCAAGCACAUUAGACGGUGCAGGUAUGUCAAAAAAAUACAUAUUAAUUUAUUACCUCAAUAUAUAUUUUAUCUGUUUUAGACAAAUACAAAAUGUAUUUUAUUAUUUUUUUUUCUUCUUAACUGUAUCUCCAGGCAACAUACUUCCCUUAGCAUAUGGUGUGAUUGAUUCUGAGAAUGACACAUCAUGGACGUGGUUUUUUGAGCGUUUCAGAGAAACAUAUGGAAUUAGAGAGAAUAUGUGUAUCGUAUCAGAUAGGCAUGAAAGUAUAAACAAGGCUGUUUGUAGAAUUUAUCCAGAAGUUGCACAUUAUGCAUGUAUUUGGCAUCUGUGGGGUAAUGUAUGUAAAAAAUACAAGAAGAGCCAUGAUGUGCUGAGUCCUAUUUUUUAUUCCAUGGCAAAGGCAUACACGCAGGAUGAUUUCGAUGAGUUGAUGGGGAAGGUUCAAAAGGUAGAUAUGCGCGUGGCAGAGUAUUUGGAAUCGGCUGGUAGAGACAAGUGGGCUAGAUUGUAUGCAUCUGUUAACCGAGGGUGGACAAUGACUUCUAACAUAGCAGAGUGCAUUAACCGACAUCUUCUAGCAAACUAGAGAACUGCUUAUAUAUGACUUUCUCAAAGAAGUUAGAAGGAUGUUUGGGAGAUGGAAUUACAAUAACCGGAGAAAUGGAACAUACACGUUCACUACACUCGGUAAAAAGUUUCAGGAGAUGCUAUCAAUCAACGAGUAUCUAUGUCUACGAAUGACGGUAGAACCGUCAACCGAAUUCGUGUACACAGUACAUGAUGGAGGAAGGCGAUUCAUUCUUAAUUUGAAUAGCAAAACUUGCAGUUGUUGUAUGUUUCAACUAGAUGAAAUCCCCUGCCCGCAUGCAUGGGCUGUCAUUAAAAAGAAAAAUCUGGUUGCUGAUGAUUAUUGCUCUGAUUUGUUCAAACCGGAGACCGUGUUGAAGACAUAUGAUGUACCUGUGGAUCCUCUACCCGACGAGCGUGAAUGGAACAUUCCCAAAAACAUCUUGGAGGAUGUGGUUUUGCCACCAAGAUACAAGAGACCGCCUGGUAGGCCAAAGAAGAGGCGUGAUAAGCCUUUAAGUGAAUUGUUGUUUGGAAAGAGCAGACAUGCUUGCAGUACUUGUGGACAACUUGGGCACAACAGACGUUCAUGUAGUUUUGAGCCUCUAAGGAAGUGAAUUUUUCUUGUGUUCCUAUCCAUUUAACUUUAUUAGCGAAGAUAGAUUGGUUAUUUAAGUAUUUGAACACUUGUGUCAAAAACUUCUAUUGACACAUGUUGUAGUAUUAUAGAAAUUUUUGCUAUGAAAUGAA